AUGGCAAGGAAGUGGGGCACCGUCGCCCCGCAAGCACGAUGCUUUAGCGGCUCUUUCAAGCCGAGACUUCGACUGGCCGGAGGCGACCUCGAGGAGGGCCCUGGGGAUGCGACAUCUCGAAGGGUCCGGUCUUCACUGCUCGAGUCGGCCGUGGAAAGGUCGCCGCUGCAGGCUGCCGUCAAAAUGCCGGCGUUUCCGAAGAUGAAGCCGCUGCCGGCAAAGCUGGUUCGUUCCGGGCACUGCGUUCACGUGCCAGCACUGGGCUCAUCCAGCGACGAUGCCAAUCUAGUAAAUGCCCUGCUGGAAGACAUCGAGAAGGCUGGUAGCCACUUGAAGCUGCACAGAAGCAGGCGGCACAUGCAGAUGUGGGGCGAGCACCUGGCUUUCUCCAAGACCUUCACAGCGGUGGUAGCGCGGCUCGUCUCUUUGUUCGGCUUGUCCAUGGUCGACUGCUGGGUGAAUGUGUACCGGAACGGCGAAGAGCAAAAAGCCCCACAUCAAGACAACUACAAGGACCGGAGCCCUCGGCCCAGCGCCACCAUCGGCCUCAGCCUCGGCGCCGCGCGGCCGAUUAGCUUCAAAGAUAGGUUCACUGGUGAGACGUUCCGGAUCAAGCAAAAGAACGGUGACGUGUUUGCCUUCGACACGUUCUUCAACGACUUGUUCACCCAUUCCAUUCCUCCGUCGAGCGAGAAGGAUGGCGUACGAAUCUCCAUCAUAAUCUGGGCUGUGGAAGGCGAUGGUUCACUGGCCGUGCCGACCAUGACACGACAAGGGAGAGGUUUCCCGAAGCCAGAAGAAGUGAAGUGGACGAACUGGGAUCUCACCGAGGGGCUGUGGUCUGCGCAGUUCGCCGAGUCCCAUGCGCAAGCCUCAACAGCAGUGUUAGCCGCGAUGUGCGACGGUUACCUGGUGCUUUCGUCUGAUCUCCAGGUUUUGCAGUCACACGACGAGCGGCUGCAAGGUAAGGUAGCAGGCACAGAUACGCAGAGGCGCCUCCCCGGUAAAAGGCACCUCCGGAAGAUGAGCGCUGAAACGCAGAUGAGACAAUUCGAGCUAAAGCUGAAGAAGGCGAUUGAGCGUGUAAAGCUGGUCCUCGAGGCAGAGAAGAAGCCUCAGCUUCCGGUAGAUGUGCACCACAGCUAUGAGGACAAGUUCAGCUUAUUGGAGCGGGGAAGCUGUUUGGCUCUGGCCUCGCUUGCAAACAGCCUGGAGCCACUUGGCCUCGGCGGGGAGAAGCUGGCCCAGCUGCAGACCUGGGCGGCAGCCAACGCGGUGUCCUUGCGAUUUAAGUCAAAGGAGACCUGCCAGUUUCUGCGCGAAGUUACGCGCGAUGAGGAGUCACCCACGAAGCGAGUCAACGAAGUUCAGGUCGGUGGCGUUGCCUUUGGCUCGUUCACCAGCAAGACCGUCACGAAAGUGACCGAGUUCUUCUGGAAGUUCGAUAUGGCCUAUGAGCUGGAGGCCAUCCGUGGUGUCGGUGCGGACGAUUCCGAUCGGCUGUUGAUUUGCAGCCGAAGUGGCCACGUCGAACUGAAGACGAGCACCAAGUCCUCACCACAUCCAGAGACCAAGGUUUCAACUUGCGAAGAAGUGAACAUCAGCUUCCUGCUGAAGCAGCUCUUGGGCUCCCCAGCAACUCCCGCGUUCAAGAUCGAUCGCUUGUCUCCCAAGUGCCGGACGCCCAGGCGUAACCCGGAGGUUCAGGAAGCCGUCAAUUUUGGUCGGAGCUACCUGACAUGGAUCUGCAAAGUCAGCAAGUACUUUGAGCGACUUCACAGGCUUCACCCACAGAGGUCCACCACUCCCACAGGCUCUUCCGACCUGUUCGUCCCUGCACUCCCCCUUUUCAUCAAGGGCUCUGCCAAAGCUGGGUCCAGUGCCGGCGGCAGCCAGUCCCUGGUACUCCUGGGCGAGGACACAGAGGUCACCCAGCACGUCGUGACUGCAGCUGAUGGCAAUCGCCUCCUCGGGGAGGAAUCAAGAACCCUUGGUGAGCAGCGUGCGAACCUGAUGGAGGUCUUCCCGGAUGAUGGCAGCAUAUAUACAUGGAUGGAGUCUUUCCGGGCUCUGAUCUUGCAACACAGCCAACAAGUGGUCGUGCAAUGGUCAGAAAUGAUCGAUUAUGUCGAGCACAUGCUCCGAAUGCAGCUGGUGGCGGCCAUUGGCAAAGAGGUAAGGCCUGCUGAGUUCGCCUCAUACAUGCGCUUCCAUUAUCGGAAGUUGUUCCGAGAGGCCUACCAGCCAACCCCUUGCAGUUUCGCCAUCCGGCGGUCAACGAAGCAUGGGCCCGAAGGCACCAUCAGCAUUGAAGAGGAGGCUUUGGGUUUACAAGACGAAAGCAGCAUCAAGAGCCCGAUUUGUGCCAUCACGGCUGCCGGCCGCACCCCAUCAACGAUGACGUUUCCCCUGAAUGCCUCGACGACGAUCUCUUUCGGAGGACAAGUCCACCUGCACGCUUGGCUUGACCACAAAUUCUCCGGGCAGUCAUCCUCCAAGCUGUCCUUGGUGUCCCGGGCUCGCCAGUUCAGCUCCUUCAUGGUGCUUAUCGGACGAGUUUCGUCCUCCACCACCUUUGACCCGAAGUAUGCGGCCUUGGUACAGAAUAAGGAUGAGCUGGAAAUCCCUCUGGAACUAUCUACGAUCCCAACUCCCAAGGAAUUCAAGGAUGCUAUCGAGUCUUUGUCGCCGGAGCAGAAGGAGUUUGCCAAGGCUUUUCGAGCGAUGCAGCUGGAGAGCACGCUCUUUGCUGUCUUGGUCGUGCAGAUAAAGCCACAGCUCGAGAAGCUCCUGAACCUGGCCGAUGAUAGCUUGACCAAGGAGAUAAAGCUCACGCAGGACUUGAUGCAGCUCUUCAUCAAGUAUCAGAUCCCCAGCGACCUCCUGUCCUUUACCAACGACCUCCUUCCGAACGGCCAUGGAUCAGCAGGGGAGCGCCUGCAGGUCGUGAAGGGACAGGUAAAAGCGAUGCACGACAUGAUUGAAGUGGAGAAGCGCGAAGAGCUCGAGCAGCGAAGGAAGGAGGAGGAGUAUCGGCGUCUCGAGGAAGAGAAGAAACGCCUCCAAGAGGAGGAGGCCCGGGAGGUGCAGUUGAGGCUGCAGGAAAUGCUGAACAAGCAAUCAGAGUGCAUGGACCAGAUUCUGUUGCGCGGUGACGAGAUGGCGUCACCUGAGAAAUUUUAUAGAAAGGCCAAGAAAAGUGGAGGAUUCUUCGGUGGCAUGGGGCGAGCCUUGUCGGGGGCAGUUCAGUCCCUUGGUGGCUCCUCAUCAAGAGCGGAGAGGUGCAGGGACACCGACACCGCUCCACACUACGAAGCCAAAAGCCUGUGUUUGGACGGGGCAGCACCUCGGAGCCGGAGGAGGCUUUCUGCAGCAACUCCGCCCAGCUCCAGUAAAGCUGCAGUCGCGGCGCCACUGGAGUCAACAUCCGCCGAGGCCCCAGAGCCGCAGGCGUCGCAGCCGUCGGAGCCAUCGGAGCCAUCCCAGGCCGAGGCCAAGCCCAAAACGACGCAGCAGCCACCAUCGCAACCGGAAGCGGUGGAGGAGUCACUGGAGGCUCGUGACUACACCCAGGUUCCCAAGCAGCUGGACGAGCAAUUCGAGAAGCUCGACCCCGACAGCGCCCUUCGGCCCACCAUCAUAAACCCCGGCAGCACAUGGUCGAAACGAUCGCAAGCUGCAUUGCUGGCCGCUGCCCAGACGAGGUCGUUAGCAGCAGACGAGCAGAAGCGAGAGAAGGACGCUGCCUUCGACCUGCUCGAUGCCAUCACAAAGUCAGGUGCCCUUCCACUCAGUCAUGCAGAGUUGCACAUCAUCGUCGCAGCAACUCAUUGCUUCGACAAGACGGUUACCGAAACGGUUGUCCAAGACAACGUCAACCCAAUUGCAAAGGUGGAGCGGUCAAGCCUGAUCAUGGCCUCCACUGUCCAUCAACAGCCAGCCGAAUACCUGAUGAACGAGUCUAGCCAUGCACGCGUUAUAGCAGAUUCUCCUCAGCUUUUUCUGGAGGACGCUACAGAAGCGGAACCUGUUGCCUGA